GAAAUGUCAAUGAAAUAAACACGGAUUCCAAGUUUGUUAGUAAUUUGUGGAGGGAGCUACUUUAAUACUUAAUAGUGACCCACAAAACUAAAACCAAGAAAAUACAAUACAUUAUACAGCAUGCGCCCACCGGUUAAUCUCAAAACUACCACUCCCUCUGAUUCUUAUUAUUCUUAUUCUUCGUCUUCUUCUCCACCCAGCGAUCGUAGACUCAACAUUAUCGCAAACCACUUUGUUCACGUUCGCGAUCAAAUGGAUUCUCACGAUAACAUCUCUGUUUCGUCAACUGCAGCUUCUAAUUCCAUCUUCGCUCACCUUGUUCGUGCUCCUGAAGAUCCUAUCCUCGGGGUGACUGUUGCUUAUAACAAAGAUCCAAGUCCAGUUAAGCUCAACUUGGGUGUUGGUGCUUACCGAACUGAGGAAGGAAAACCUCUCGUUUUGAACGUAGUGAGGCGAGUUGAACAACAGCUAUUGAAUGAAGUGUCACGCAACAAGGAAUAUCUUCCAAUUGUUGGGCUCGCUGAUUUUAAUAAAUUGAGUGCUAAGCUUAUUUUUGGUGCUGACAGCCCUGCUAUCCAAGAAAACAGGGUUACCACUGUUCAAGGCUUGUCUGGGACUGGUUCAUUAAGAGUUGGGGGAGAAUUUUUGGCUAAACACUAUCACCAACGGACUAUAUACCUGCCAACACCAACUUGGGGCAAUCACCCUAAGGUUUUCAACUUGGCAGGUUUAUCUGUCAAAACAUAUCGCUACUAUGCUCCAGCAACACGAGGGCUCGACUUUCAAGGACUUCUGGAAGAUCUUGGUUCUGCCCCAUCUGGAUCUAUUGUUUUGCUACAUGCAUGUGCGCAUAACCCUACUGGGGUUGAUCCAACCCUUGAGCAAUGGGAGCAGAUUAGGCAGUUAAUAAGAUCAAAAGCUUUGUUACCUUUCUUUGACAGUGCUUAUCAGGGUUUUGCUAGCGGAAGUCUAGAUGCUGAUGCACAGCCUGUUCGUUUGUUUGCUGCUGAUGGGAGUGAAUUGCUGGUUGCACAAAGUUAUGCAAAGAACAUGGGUCUUUAUGGAGAACGUGUUGGUGCCUUGAGCAUUGUCUGCAAGUCAACUGAUGUUGCAAGCAACGUUGAGAGCCAGCUGAAACUUGUGAUUAGGCCCAUGUACUCAAAUCCUCCCAUUCAUGGAGCAUCCAUUGUGGCUGCCAUUCUCAAGGACCGGGAUUUAUUCAAUGAGUGGACUAUUGAGUUGAAGGCAAUGGCUGAUCGAAUUAUCAAUAUGCGCCAGCAACUUUUUGAUGCUUUACGUGCCAGAGGCACACCUGGUGAUUGGAGUCACAUUAUCAAACAGAUCGGAAUGUUUACUUUCACAGGAUUGAAUUCCGAGCAAGUUUCCUUCAUGACUAAAGAGUAUCAUAUAUACAUGACAUCCGAUGGGAGGAUUAGCAUGGCUGGUUUGAGUUCCAAAACAGUGCCACAUCUCGCGGAUGCAAUACAUGCAGCUGUUACCCGAGCUGCCUAAAUCAUGUCAGUGACUGCAAUUUUCAGUUUGCCCCCAAUUGGAUUGUAAUAAUUAUGUACUUCAAUUAUGAAACCUUUUAUUAUAUAACUGUUUUGCUUACCGGGCUUCUUAGAUGUGGCAU